ACGUACAUACGUACACUACACCUGACACACACGCAGACCUACCUAUGACCUACCGGCAUAUAUGUAUUAAAGCCAAGACCAAGUACCGGUAGAAAUAACAGAAUUUUGCCGGGCCAUACCUACUUACUAAAGUCAUGAGAGGUGCUCAGUCUUUGUGAUGACACCGUGUUGAUGAAAUACAUCUUUGGGAGUUUCGUUUUAGCCGAACCAAUCAGUUAAUUCAACAUGAAUCCUGUGUAUGCGAUUAUUCUUGUCUUCGUCGGCUGCUGUUCCAAUGUUGUGUUUUUGGAAUUUAUUGUCAGUGAGCAUCCAGGCAGUGGCAACAUCGUCACAUUUGCACAGUUUCUCUUCAUCGCUGUGGAAGGUUUCAUCUUUGCAACACAUUUCGGCACAAAGGCUCCGGUCAUACCUAUCAAGCAUUAUGCUGUGUUGGUUAUGUUCUUCUUCUCUGUAAGCGUGGUCAACAACUAUGCACUCAAUUUCAGCAUCCCACUGCCUCUUCACAUGAUAUUCAGAAGUGGUUCUCUUGUGGCUAACAUGGCUCUUGGAGUUAUCCUCCUCAAAAAAAAAUAUCCAACAUACAAAUAUAUAUCAAUUCUGAUGAUCACUCUGGGUAUAUGCACGUGCACGCUGAUGUCGGCAAAGACUGGGGUUAAAAAACAUGGUGCCGAGGAAGAAGGGCCCAUGACAGCCUAUGAUAUUGCUAUGUUGUCAAUAGGCUUAUUUAUGUUGACCUUUGCCCUUUUCAUGUCAGCCCGGAUGGGCAUCUUUCAAGAAACACUCUACGCCAAAUAUGGCAAGCAUCCAAGAGAAGCAUUGUUCUAUUCGCAUGCACUUCCACUUUUAGGAUUUGCUGUACUAGGAAAGGACAUCUACAACCAUACAGUGAUAUUUUCAAAUUCAGAGCCACUAGCAGUACCCAUUCUGGAUGUUAUGGUUCCAAAGAUGUGGCUCUAUCUGGCUGGAAAUAUGAUCACACAGUAUGUGUGCAUCCGCGGUGUCUUCAUCCUGACUACCGAGUGCCCAUCCCUCAUCGUUACGCUCGUCGUGACACUACGCAAGUUCUUCAGUCUAGUCUUCUCCAUCUUAUAUUUCAAGAACCCCUUCACCGUUUACCACUGGAUGGGCACCGCCUGCGUGUUCUCCGGUACUCUGCUCUUCACCGGUGUCUUCCACAUGGCGUGGGAUCGGCUGUUCCCUCCGAACAAGGCCAAGAAAGUAGAAUGAGACCUUCGGAUGAUGAACACUUUGUUAGUAGACCAAACCACUGAAUAAUACAUUCAGCCAAUAAUGAGACGUACCUAGACCGUCUGAGCAUUGGGCGUUAGUUCAUUGCUCCAUCUAUCAAUAAUGUGUCAAGUUGUUAACAACUUGCCGAAAUGCACGUGCCUCUCAAUUUUGUGAACCUGUGUGACGACCUCAAUUAUGUGGUCAAAAUGUGGAAGUCUGAUUAGUCUAUCAGACUGGUAUAUUUUGUAGAGAUAUUGAAAUGUGGGUUUAAUUCAAACCCAGCCAGGUGAGCAAGACGUUUGACUGCAAGCACUUCCCUCCAUCAAGAAGUAAUUGGUUGCUUGCAGACGGAAAUGUUCUUGGACGAGUCACAGUGCUGAUGUAACGGUCAUUGCACUGAGCUUUGUACCUUAGGAGUUUAAUAUAAAGGUUUCUGCAAUUCGGGCGAUUCACAAUGCAGUGCGCCAACAAGAGUUUGCCAUGGAGAGUCAAUUUUUUCAAGUUUACGGUCGACAAAACAUGGCCCAUUUGAAUGAGUGUCAGUAGACAACUUGAACUAACAUGUUAUAGAUUGGGUGAUAGCAUUCUGCCGUCUUACCAAAAAAACGCCACAUUGAAAAAAAGAAAAGAUAAGGGCAAACAGAUCCUUGAAUCAUAUGUUUACGAAACUACUGACCGCAAAAAAGUGACAAUUUCAAAUGUCCCACUCUGCGAAUUUGUCGACCAUCUCCCACAAUGCACUGGGACAAAUUAACUCUCCGUGGCAAACUCUUGGUGGCGCACCGCAUUGUGAAUCGCCCGAAUCGUGUGCCAACUUGAAGUGUUCUUAUAAAUUAAAGAGUUUUUCUAAGUCUGUGGAAUUGAAUGAAUGAAGCUUUGCCAAAGACGGACAAGAUCAAUUGGGGAAUAAAUAUGUGCUUGGCAGGUGUUAAACACUCUGUUGAAGACCGGUUGGAGCAAAUGACCCCUGCUAGGGCUUAAAAAUGCGGCGCCCAAAAAUAUGACGCCGAUGGCACAUAUGGAACUCCAUACUUUAGAUUUAUACCUAGAUUUAUCCGGUUGGUUAGUGUGACGUCAUCUCAACUUAACCAUGCGUACUAUGGUGUAACAUAGCACGAAUGGAAUCGGAAGUUUACGCAACUUGAGCUUCAGCCAAUGGGUGUUGUAAUCAGUGGUGCGUGUGCGUGUAUACAUGUAACAAAGUCACUUUGAUCAAUACCACGUGACUAUAACAAAACAUUACUGCACAUAUUUUGUCUCCAUUUACAAAUUUUUCAUAAACAUCUUUCCGGAUUGUUACAAACAAGUAUUGUUAAGUAUUUAAUUUAUUCUGUGUUUUUUUUCUUUUUGAAAAUUAAAAUUUGGUAGUUAUAUUUUAUGGGAAACUUAGGGGGCUUAUUUAGGUCAAUUUAUGGGGACAGACAGACCGACCAACCGACCCCCAAAAGACAUGUAAAAAGCUCCUGCCAGAGCUUAACAAGUGCAUUUUAUAGUUGUUCUUCUGAAACACUUAUUGUUGCUAAUUUUCUUAAGGACAGUUUAUUUUAAAUAAAUGGUUAAUGUGUUAUUAAGGGAUUUUAAUUUCAUGUUUAAUUUAGAACGUAUUUGGACAUAGAUGUACACAACUCUGAACGUGCACUUCACUUCUUGAGGUUAAUCCUUUCAGUGCAAUUCCUUUUUGCCCCAAACAGAUGCAGGAUAAAAAAAAAAAACCUUGGGAUUGAGUGAAGCUGACAUUAAGCCAUUGUCCAAAUCACUUGGCUAUGGCUGGGAAUAACACGCGCACCUAUGGAAGCCACUGGCUAGCCGCUGCAGCCACUUCCCAUAGAGUCCUGUGUUUAUACUGCUAGUCAUAGCCAAGUGAUGUGGAUACGGCUAGAACUGACUCGAGUUGGUUGAGGUCGGUCCAUGCUCUGCACUAAAGCAAAAGAAACUUUGUGAAAUCUUCACAAAGGUGUAACAUUCAAACUCCGGCAGAUUUGUUGACGUCAAUUUCAUAUUGCAUAAGCAUUAACCCUUCUACUGUUUAAACAGUCACAUACAGUCAAAAAGUCCAUCUACUUCUCUUGCCAUGCCUUUUACACAGGCAAGUCACAAACAGUCAGAUCAUAUUUGAAGAAAGAACUCUGACUAGUCAAAUUCAGUCAACAGACAAAAGCAGGAAACUGGUGGCACAGCUGGCUUAUCGACCACCUACAGUCAAAGCCUAGCUGCGCCAAGUUACAUAAACAGUCACAGCCAGUCAAUCCCACUUUAUGUAGGCUGGGAGCUCUCUGACGUGUGACUGUUGAGUACAGUCUCUUGAUUGAUUUUGACUGGACUUGGCACAGAAUGUAUGUUUGCAUAGGAGGGUUACUGUGAGAUAUUAUAUGGCCUUCAUGCUGUUAGACCAAACAGCUUCCCGUAGAUGUUAAUCACCUAUGCAGUAUUGUCCUUAUUGUGUGCUUUCAUGUAUUCACGUCGGAUAAAGACGUGUGUGCCAAGAAAUGUUCAAAAUCAUUGUUUACCCUCAUUGAUAGCAUUGCUGUGUUAUUAUCAUUAUUGUAUGUUUCUGGUAAUGAAAC